AGAAAAUUGUACUACUCUGUACUCUGGAAUUAUUCAGUCUGCACCAUAUUUUGGUUGAUCAGGAGCGUGUGGAACGCUCUACGAAAGUCUUUUUUAAUUCAUAUCCCUCUACCACGUAAUUUCUUGAUUUUGAAAAUUCUUUGACUGUUGCUUGUAAAAUCCGUCGUUCUUCGAUUGCUCUGCUCAUCUAUGUGCCAAAGCGUUUUGACUUGCUUGACUUUGCAGAGUGGACAAAACCCAUCUUCCGAUUUUGGUUUUCUAUUCUAUUCUCGCGCAGCCUUCAUCUUCAUUAGGGUUUGGUAUUCUUGUUUUUUUUAUUUCUUUACUUGUUUACUUUCAUUGUGAUCAAUUUGUUUGUGGGCUUCGGAUAUUUUUUUUUUUCUUUUGAUCUUACCGCAUAGUUUCGGACUCAAGUUUCUGUUGGUUGAGAAUUUACUGUUAAAAAUCAAUUCUGUAACAUAAAAUCUGUUCCACUGGGGUUUAUCAAAUUUCCUUCAGAAAAAUCGAAACUGGAGAAAAGAAAAAUGGUUACUGGAAAGAAAAUGGCACUGUUUGAUGAGGAAACUGAUAAGGAAAUAUUCGACGAGGAUGAAUGGUACUUUGUCGAAUUAGGUGAUCUGGAAAUGAAGACCGAACCAUCUAUAGAAACUCUAAAUGAUAUCCCUGAAACUGAUUCCGAUGUUGAAUCUGCUCAGGAGUUCCAAGAAAUAGUUCUCCCCCAACCCAUGGAACUCAAGGACAUCAUAAAAGAAGACAUCCUCCCAUGGCUCCCGGCCAAAGCCCUCACAAGAUUCAAAUCCGUUUCCAAAAGCUGGAACUUCUGGAUCAAAAGCCCAGUCCUGGCCCACCGCCAGUCCUACACCCACAAAUCCAUCUCGGGCUUCUUCUCCCAGCCCAACUACUACUCGGAGCCCGACUUCUUCACCUUCAACCAAUCCUCCUCUGGCAUCCCCAACCCCUCCCUUUCCUUCCUUCCCAUCUCCACUUACAUAGUCGGCUCGACCCAUGGCCUCCUCGUCUGCCGGGCCCACUCCGAACCCGACCUAUACUACAUAUGCAACCCAGUGACCCGAACCUUCCGGAAGCUUCUGAGUCCCGGGCUCUACCACGGGCUCGACUCGGCCUGCGUCCUCGCGUUCGACCCUGCCCUCACCAACAUCGAGUCUUUCUACCAAUUAGUGUGCGCAGUGCCCCUCGUGGGCCAGCCCGUAAUUUGUUUCGAGACCUACUCGUCGAAAACAGGCUCUUGGGCGUGCUCGGACGCCAUAUGCCCGAUGGACGAAGAAUUAUCGGGCCACGGGCUUUAUAUGAAUGGGAUGGCCUAUUGGAAGACGAAUGGAGGGAAGGUGGUGGCUUUUGACACAAAGACGGAAGUUUGUGGUGUUGUGGCCCUGCCUCAUGGGAGCCCGGCCCGUGGGGCCCUGGUGGAGAUGAAUGGACAGCUGGCGUACGUUGGGAUAUCUGAGUUGUGUUAUGGUGUGGAGAUGUAUUAUGGAGUGGAGAUGGGCCUGAGGAGGAGGGUUGAGUUGUUCGGAAAUGUGGGUGGUUUUAGGGGGUGUUAUUUUGGGGUGUUGCCUUACUGUGAGGAGGGGAAGGUUAUGGUAGUGAAUGGGGGAUUGGUGUACUGUUGUGGGCUGGAGGAUGAGGGGAUUGAGGAGGUGGGGAGUUGGUGGUGGGCUGAGUUCACGGAGAGUACUCGGUUUUUUCCAUACGUUAACACACUCGUUCACGUGGGUUGAGUAGUACCUCGAAGAUUUUUUUAUGAUGGCUCAUUUUCUUUCGUCUUUUCGUUUUUUCUUUUUCUUUUUCGUUUUGAGUUGGGAGUAUAGGGAUUGUUUNA